CUCAUUCAGUCACAGGGGGAAUUAUUAUGGGACAAAUGUGAGUGACUGUGGACACAACAAUCAUAAUUUUCCUCCUGGAGAAGGCAGCACUGACAAACACUGACACUUGGAAUAUGGAAGAGAGAUGCCUGCUUCUAGCGUCACAACACUGCAGUGUGCCAGACCAGUCAUGUAAUAGAAAUAAGGAAAUCAAUGGGCAUCAGCUUGAUAAGGGAGCAGCAACACAGCAAAGCCUUCAGCGCGGCUACAGAAAACUGUACCAUAUGAAAACACAGUCUCAAAAAUGCACACAAUGUGGUGUGCCUUGUAAUAAACAGUCGAAGAGAAAUACUGAAGACAAGAUGGUUGUCACAGUAAACACACUCCUGUCAGUCGAUCUCGGCUUUGUUGCUUUGUACAUCCAGCUGCAUAAUAAACUGCUUCUGCAGCUGCACUUCACAAAGAAUCUGUCUGGCUGGUGUUGAUUUGAGCUGUGUUGAAUAUGUUUGCAACUCUUUCUACAGGAGACAUUAGAAAAGCAACAGGAGUGUCUAAAGAGGCAAAGGGAAGCCGUGAAAUACAGACUGAAAAAACUGGCAGCACGGCAAUCAGAAAUCACAAAAAGGUCCACGGUGAUAAGAGAGAACAUCAUACGGAAAUAUCUGGAGAUCAGGGCCAUCCUGGACGAGGACCUGAGGAUCACCUUGUCCCACCUGGAGAUGGAGGAGCGGGCUGCAGUCUCUGCCCUGGAUGGGCUGAUGGAAAGAAACUGUUCUCUAAUCCAGCAGAUAGAGCAGGACCUGGCCAGACUCACUGUGGCAAUGGACCAGACCGACACAGACCCUGAUACAAUGUCUUUCUUUUCAUACCCUGAGCAGCAAGACACGGAGACAGUGGAAAGAGUGAUGGAUCUGCUAAACAGCACAGACCCGAGCAGUGUGAGGCUGGACGAAGCUAAAGCCGAGCAGAUCCUCAGCCUCGCCAACAACAUGCUCCUGCUGAUCAGCUCACAGACGCCUAUAAUCAAGAGCUUCACCAAGAGUUAUUCCAGCGAGGUGUGUUUGGACCCGGAGACGGCCCAUCCAAAGCUGAUCAUCUCCCCCCAUGGGGACAGCGCCAUCUAUACAGACACCUGGCAGCAACUUCCUGACCUCCCUGGACGCUUUGACACCACCCUCAAUGUCAUCAGCUUGCAAGGAUUCAGCUUCGGCCACCAUUACUGGGAGAUUGAUGUGACUGGGAAGACUUACUGGGAGCUGGGCGUCACCUAUCCCAACAUUCCCCGCAAGGGCACCACUGAGGACUGCUGGCUGGGCCGGGGGGACGAGUCCUGGUGUGUGGAGUUCUUUGAUGGGGAGUAUACAGCCUGGCACGGAGGGGUGCCCCAUCAGCUGCCUUUCACAAAACGCUUCUGUCGGAUUGGUGUUUUGUGUAGUUUCCCCGCAGGAUUGGUGACGUUUCUUGAGGCAGAGAACAUGACGCCGUUGUUCUCCUUCUGUGCAGGAACCUUCUCAGACUGCCUCCACCUGGCUCUGUGUCCUGGCCAUGACCACAAUGGCACCAAUGCGCAGCCUAUUGUGAUCUGUAAUGCUCCAUCUCACCAGUGAUCUCUGAUUAGCUUCGAGGCUCCACAGAAAAGCUUUUAGUAAUUUGUUGCUAAGGCCCUACUUUUCAAUAAUGCACCAAUUAUAAAAGUUUAUAGGCAAGUAAUGGCUUUAUUUAUAAAAAAAAAAAAAAAAUGUCCUUCGACUAAACAUUUAAUGAAGAAUAUGUCACUAAUUAAAUAAAACAAUGAAUCUGUUACCGAUGCUUUCGGUGUCAUAAUAGGCUACCAGAUUUUUGAGAAUAUGAAACAUUCACAGUAUGAACAGUAAUAAUUGGUUGCUGGACUAAACAAUUUAUUAGAAUAAGAAGUGUAACCUAUUUGGAUUGUCGUGGUUUAAUUGAAGAUAAUCACACUUCUGCAUUUGAAUUCUGUGUGAAAGCAACAAGAACCAAAAUAUAAUAUAUAUAUCUAUAUAAAUAUAGAUAUAUACACUUGUGCAUCAUUUUGUAUUCAUUCUAUUUUAUUUGUAUUUAAUUUAGCCAAAAAGAUAAUAUAUUAUGGAUUUUUGUUUUUAUAAUUGCUGGUAUAAUUAUAGAAAAUGCAGCAGGAUUGUCUGUUAGCACUCAACUCAUCUCAUUGUUUCUGAUUAGGGAUCAGAUUUCAAUUUAGACAUCCCACCAAUACAAUUUAAUUUCCCAUGUUUGGAUUAGGUUCAGCAGCACAAAAUUACGACCUAUGGUCAAGGAUCUGCAUUACAAACAUUACACACAGUGACAGCACAUUCCUCUGCUUAUGUCAGUGAAUUUACUGCUUUGAAUUUACUCUCAAAUGAAAUGUGUUAUGUAAAUAAAAUCGCCUUGCCUUGAAUGCAAAUCAUGCAACACUUCAUGCAACAAUAAAAAGAACAGCUUUCACCGAGUACAACUCAAUUCCCUUCGUUCGUACCAAGGAGCAUCAGAUCGUUCGUUAAACGUAACAUCGCUACCUCAUGGGGGAUUCUUCCUCUGGGGACCAUGAAUGUCUGUUUAUUCUAUCCAGUAGAUGUUGAGAUAUUUUCACAUAACAGUCACAUUUGACCUGUUGGUGGCGCUAUAGAGGAAAAGACAGGGAAUCACUAAAGACAUACAGUACAAUGUAUCCUCUGGACACCGUGGAUAUCUGUACCACAUGACAAUUCA